CGCAGGGGCGAGAUGUUUUAUCAAGGGGACAGCGGGCAGCGGGGCAGCAGCAUGCAGGGCAGGGGUUGUGCUCAGUGCCAUCAACGCAAGGUGUGCCUGCCCACCGCCACGACCUGCGGGGCCAGGGAGGCUGCACGGAGCGGAGAAACCCUGGGCAGAAAGGAGACAAGUUUGGGAAGUGGCCCACAAAGUGAUGCCACCACCCUGCCACGGGUGAUGCUGCCAGGGGACGCCAUCCCCAUCAGCCCCCCGAGCCGCUGGGUGGUCACGGAGCCCGUCCCCCCGUGGCACCAAGGAGCAGGGAGGUGCCUGCACGCCCACAGCCCUCGGCCUGGCCCUGGCUCGCCCCGGUGGUCCCAGGCCCCGCAGAGCAUCCCUCUGCCGUGGCAGCCCCUGGGGACCCGAAAAGCCGGGUCCUCUCGCGCUGAGGCUGCCGCUGGGGGCCGGGGAGCCAUGGCAACCCGGCGAGGAUGGGGGUUGCCAUGGCGACGGGAGGCGCAGCAUCCGGAGCGGCUUUUGGGCGAGGGAUGCUCCAGCAUUUGUCAGCAUCCUGAUACAGAAGUGGACAGCGUCGCCGGUAACACCGCCGCGUGCGCCCCAUGGCUCUGCGCGGCCCCAGCACGCACCAACCCCGCUGGGUUUUCCCAAGGGCUCGUCCUCCGCACGACGAUCAGCCCAGGAGCCAGGUUGGCAGCCACCCUUCCUCCCCGCGAUGCUCCCAGCACCUCGCGGGCCGGGCCCUUUCCCCCGUGCAGGAAACGUGGCGGGGCUGCGCCGCCAGCGUGUGCCGGCAAAGCGGGCUCGCGAGCGCCCGCAGCAAUUCCAGCCCCGGAGCUUGCGGCUGGGCUUCGCCUCCUAAGCCUGCUUCCAACUUUUUGCGCUGGGAGAAGCGAUUUGUCUGCAAAUGUAUGUGGUUAAAAUAAACGCCGAGAAUUUUAAUCCUGGGAAUUUGGAAAGUAGGAGAUUUAAAAUAACAAAACCCUUUCAUAUGGCGCUUAAUCCAAAAUUAGAUGGGAUUUUAAGUUUUUUUACGGUGGUGGCUGAUCGUUCCUCGGCCACCUCCUGCUUGCUGCGGGCUGGGGACUGCUUGGAGUGCCCGGGCGGGGGCUGCUGGGGACCGGCGGCUGGCCCCCGGUGCUGGGGGCGGUGAGGGAGAGCGAGUGCUCUUCUUUGUUGACGUGGAAUGGAUCUCCCACAGCUACUUAAGGUUUUAA